GCACUCUAGCAGACGGCGCAAAAUAGAUGCGCGCCGGUUUUUGAAGCACAAAACUUGAUACGUAAAGUAUGCUCUGCUUGUAACCGUCACAGUCACCAAUCUGUUUUUUGACUUAGACGCGGAAAAAAUACGAGCACGCUUUAACGUGAUUUGCGAGUGCAAAGUAUCUGGCGAAGACAACGGCCUUCAUCAGUUUGAACCGGGCUUAGCGAGGUUGUCUGGUUUGUUGAUGCGCACAGAGCCGCUACUUGUUUAACAUCAGUAAUAAAUCCAACGGAUUCUUAGGAAGCACAGAAAACAAGCGGCCAUCAUGGUAAAGAUCGGACUCGAACUGUGCGCUUACUUGGAGAAUUUGGAGUCGCUAGCACCGACUGAUGUGGCUUUCGUAUGGUACUUUAAAUUGAAGUGCGGAGCUUGUGGUGAGGUGCACGACAACAUUGUGUCUCUUGAGCAAUCAGAAAAACAGGCUAUUCCGGAUAAACGCGGUAAAGCAAAUCUGGUAAUUAAAUGCAAAUUGUGUCGACGCCAAAACACAAUCGACAUUCUGCCUGACACAAUCAAACCGUACUCCGAUUCCAAUAAGUUCCAAUUAAUUGCUGGCUUCGAGUGUCGAGGCGCUGAGCCUAUCGAUUUCCAUCCCAGCAAUGGUUGGAUAGCGAAAACAGAAAAAGGGAGCACGUUCAAGGAGGUCGACCUCAGUGAAAAGGAGUGGGCCGACUACGAUGAGAAACAGUCACAAACGGUCGGCGUCUAUGAAUUAAAAUGGCAAUUUCGAAGGAUAUAAGUUAAUAUUAUAAUAAUAUAUAUAUAAACAUGGGUAAAUAAACUUUGUUUUUAUA